AUGCUGCCUGUUCGAAGGAGUAUCUUCCGUCCCCAUUUGCUACUGCCUCGUCGGGAAACGAUUGCCCCUUCGGCGCAUGCGUUAUCUCCAUGUCGUCCACGCUGCAGCUCAACCUUUUGCCCUACUAAUAUCGCUGAGUUGCUAAGGCCGUCCCCACUCGCGUCCUCCUCGCAGCGCACUCCACCCGAUGGGGAGACGCUGUCGAUCAAUGGCUACGUACGAACCGUCCGGAAGCAGAAGCGCAUUGCCUUUGCUGCCAUAGGAGAUGGUUCGACCUUGCAGACAGUGCAGGCUGUCUUGGCGCCGCAACUUGCAGAAGGACUCUCGACGGGUGUUGCAGUAGCAGUCACCGGGAAAUGGACACCAUCACCAGGCCAAGAGCAAUCCCAUGAGCUCCAGGUGGAGAGCGUUCGAGUACUGGGAGAGAAUGAUGCUACAACGUAUCCCAUACAAAAGAAAUAUCAGUCACCUGAAUUCCUGCGCACUCUGCCCCAUCUGCGAAGCCGACUGCCUUUCAACUCCUUGAUCCUGCGGCUGCGGUCGUUGGUUACUGCUCAAGUAACCAACUACUUCGCCAAACAUGAUUUCGUCCAAUGUCAUCCACCAAUCAUCACAUCGUCCGACUGCGAGGGUGCAGGAGAGGUGUUCACUGUUGCGCCCGAAGCUUCGUCCACGUCGAGCCAGCAGUCAUCGGACCAAGUGAAACAACACGAAGACCUCUACUUUGGAUCUCCCAAAUAUCUAACAGUGUCGAGUCAGCUUCAUCUCGAGGCCUUGGCCCUGUCUGUGAAUAAGGUAUGGGCUUUAUCCCCGACUUUCCGCGCAGAGAAGAGUGACACUGCCCGUCACCUAAGCGAAUUCUACAUGCUCGAAGCGGAGCUGGCCUUCGUGGAGGAUGUAAAGGACGUCAUGGAUGUUGUGGAAGACAUGUUGCGCGCCAUUGCGACCGAGCUACAAUCUUCAACCGUAGGCCAAGAGCUGCUCGAGGCCCGAGAACGAGAGCAGGAACAGGAAGGCGCAUCCUUGUCACACAGAACACUCGCACAACGGUGGCAAGGACUUGUAGACGGACCGUGGCCCCGAAUCACAUACGACGAGGCGAUACAGCACCUCAAAGACGCAGUGACUCAAGGCAAGGCAGAAUUUGAGUUUGCCCCUGGUCAUGAAGACGGGCUCCAGACAGAGCACGAGCGGUAUCUGGCUGAAAGCCAUGGACGAGGGGGACCGAUCUUUGUGACCGACUACCCGCGCAACAUUAAGCCAUUCUACAUGGCGCCGUCAACUGAUUUGACACCGGAAGGACAAACUGCCUCAACCGUCGCAUGCUUCGAUCUUCUUGUGCCAGAGAUCUGUGAGCUGGUCGGAGGUUCUAUGCGUGAACAUCGAUUACCAGAACUGUUGGAAUCCAUGAGAGAGCACGGGUUUGAAGCGCCAGAUGGCAACACCGAGGCAACAGAAGGGUCCCUGCAGUGCUAUGAAGCAUUACCGCCAAACUUUUCUUUAUCCGCGAACAUGCUUGCGGGCGCGUUCGCGGGCAUCGCCGAGCAUUCAGUGAUGUAUCCAGUUGACCUUCUCAAGACCAGAAUGCAGAUUGUCAACCCCUCCCCGAGCGCCAUGUACAGUGGCAUAUCGAACGCCAUGGUCACGAUUUCACGGGCAGAAGGCUUCAGCACACUAUGGAGAGGAUUGUCGAGUGUCGUAAUGGGUGCAGGACCCGCGCAUGCCGUCUAUUUCGCCUCCUAUGAAGCCACGAAGCAUGCGCUCGGUGGAAAUGAAGGAGGCAGCGAGGAGCACCAUCCCUUCGCGGCAGCGGCCAGCGGCGCAGCGGCCACAAUCUCCAGCGAUGCGCUGAUGAACCCGUUCGAUGUCAUCAAGCAACGCAUGCAAUUGCACGGCUCAAUCUACAAGUCGGUUCCUCAAUGCGCCCAACAGGUCUUCCGCACCGAGGGCAUUGGCGCAUUCUACAUUUCAUACCCUACGACGCUGUGCAUGACGGUGCCUUUCACGGCCCUCCAAUUUAUGGCAUACGAGUCCAUGUCCAAGGUCAUGAACCCGACCGGCCGCUACGAUCCCUACACACACUGCUUCGCAGGCGGAAUAGCUGGUGGUUUCGCAGCGGGGCUUACCACGCCCCUGGACGUCAUCAAGACAUUACUGCAGACACGAGGAAACGCAACGGAUGCAGAGCUCAGGAACGUGUCAGGCCUGUUGCAGGCGGCAAAGAUCAUUCACCAAAGAGAAGGAUAUAAGGGGUACUUCCGCGGCCUGAAACCCCGAAUCAUCACAACAAUGCCCAGCACUGCGAUUUGCUGGUCCGCAUACGAAAUGGCGAAAGCCUUCUUCAUUCGCCGCAGCACCAACUCUGCCACGGCCAUAUAG